AUGGCGAAAGAUACCAAAGAAGAUGCAAAGAUCGUUGUGAAAAAAGAGGAGGGAGAAACCACAAAUGACUCUACAACAUGCCCUAAUUGUGGACAAAUUUUACAGAAAUGUCUGAUUCAACAAAAUUAUGCCAUUGUAAUAUGUCCUAGUGAGAGAUGUAGUUAUCCGUUCGACCAAAACGAAGUACUAGACCAAUUAUCUUACGUGGAUGAAACUGAAGUUCUCGAUGCGGCGCAACAAAGGCUAUCUGGAAGUUGA